AUGCUCAGUCAUGCCAAGGUUAACUCUGUCAUUAAAGCUACACAAACAGGCCUGCGGGGGGAGCAUGGAGGACAAGGCAGCAGCAGCGGUAGCCAAGCCCAGAACAGUGCUCCUCAGUGGGGCUCUUAUCUCACUUUAUCCUGGGGCUCCCCUUGGGAGCUGGGGCUGAGGACAAACCCCACGAUGCAUGACUAUUUCAGGCCCAGCCAACACAGCAACUUUCACAACAACCCCGGUGUCUGGCCAGCUAGGACAAUCUUGAUGUACGACUGCAUCCAUGAGAGAGAGAGAGUGUGUGUGUGUGUGUUUAUUUGCGUGCGUGUAUUGAAAUUGAAAGUGGCUUGAUCUAUACUAUGCUCUAUAGCACAAGAGUGCAAUCGAAACAUGCAAGAGGUCAAUAGUUCAAGGAUCAUUGGGUUUGACCAAUUACAUUAAAAUCAAAUCAAAUUUUAUGUCAUAUGCCUCAUAAACAACGGGUGUAGACUAACAGUGAAAUGCCCUUCCCAACAAUGCAGAGAGAAAUAAUAUAAAAAUAAUAACACGAAGAAUAAAUACAUAAUGAGUAACAAUAACUUGGCUACAUACAUGGGGUACCAGUACCGAGUUGAUUAUUUAUUUAUUUUUUGUCAUUUAGCAGACGCUCUUAUCCAGAGCGACUUACAGGAGCAAUUAGGGUUAAGUGCCUUGCUUAAGGGCACAUCGACAGAUUUUUCACCUAGUCGGCUCGGAGAUUAGAACCAGCAACCUUUCGGUUACUGGCACAACGCUCUUACCCUCUAAGCUACCUGCCGCCCAGGGGUACGAGGUAAUUGAGGUAGAUAAUACACUGAGUAUACCAAAAGCACCCCCCCCCCGGGUGGGCAUCUAGCCUCGGUGGCGGCUCCGGUGCGGGAUGUAGACCCCACUCCGCCAUCUUCGGUGGCACCUCUGGUGCGGGGAUCGUCGCCGGAAGCUCCAGACCGUGGAUCGUCGCCAGAGGACCCGGACUGUGGAUCGUCGCCUGGCACUCCGAACCGUAGAUCGUCGCCGGAAGCUCCGGACCGUGGAUCGUUGCCGGAGGACCCGGACUGUGGAUCGUCGCCUGGCACUCCAAACCGUAGAUCGUCGCCGGAAGCUCCGGACCGUGGAUCGUCGCCGGAAGACCAGGACUGUAGAUCGUCACCUGGCACUCUGAACCGUAGAUCGUCGCCGGAAGCUCCGGACCGUAGAUCGUCGCCGGAAGCUCCGGACCGUGGAUCGUCGCCGGAGGACCCGGACUGUGGAUCGUCGCCUGGCACUCCGAACCGUAGAUCGUUGCCGGAAGCUCCGGACCGUGGAUCGUCACCAGAGGAACCGGACCGUGGGUCGUCACCGGACACUCCGGACCGUGGAUCGUCGCCGGUAGCUCCGGACCGUGGAUCGUCGCCAGAGACUUCGGACCGUCGAUCGUCGCCGGUAGCUCCGGACUGUGGAUCGUCGCCGGAGGAACCGGACCGUGGGUCGUCGCCGGAGACUCCGGACCGUCGCCGGAAGCUCCGGACCGUGGGUCAUCACCGGAGGAGCCGGACCGCCGACCGUCGCUGGAGACUCUGGACUGCCGACCGUCGCUGGAGACUCUGGACUGCCGACCGUUGCAGGAGACUCUGGACUGCCGACCGGCGCUGGAGACUCUGGACUGCAGAACGUCGCUGGAGGCUCUGGACUGCAGACCGUCGCAGGAAGCUCCGGGCCAUGGACCUUCACUGGAGGCUUCGUGCCAUGUAUCAUCACUGGAGGCUUCGUGCUAUGGAUCAUCACUGGAGGCUUCGUGCCAUGGAUCAUCACUGGAGGCUUCGUGCCAUGGAUCAUCACUGGAGGCUUCGUGCCAUGGAUCAUCACUGGAGGCUUCAUGCCAUGGACCUUCACUGGAGGCUUUGGGCCAUGGACCUUCACUGGGGCCUUCGGGCCAUGGAUCAUCACUGGAGCCCGGCAAGUGCGGGGCGCUGGCACAGGAUGCACUGGGCUGUGAAGGCGCACUGGCGACACAGUACGUAGAGCUGGCACAACCCGUCCUGGCUGGAUGCUCCCUUUAGCCCGGCAAGUGCGGGGCGCGGGCACAGGACGCACUGGGCUGUGAAGGCGCACUGGCGACACAGUGCGUAGAGCCGGCGCAGGAUAUACUGGACCGAGAAGGCGUACUGGAGACCAGGAGCGCUGAGCCGGCACAACCCGUCCUGGCUGGAUGCUCACUUUAGCCCGGCAAGUGCGGGUGCUGGCACCAAGCGCACCGGGCUGUGAAUGCGCACUGGAGACAGAGUGCGUGUCACCGCAUAACAGGGUGCCUGAACGGUCACACGCUCCUUAAAGUGAGUGCGGGGAGUUGGCUCUGGUCUGAAACCUGGCUCCGCCAACCACCCCGUGUGCCCCCCCAAAAAAAUAUUUGGGGCUGCCUCUCGGGCUUCCGUCGUGGUCGUUAACUACGGAGUCGCCGUUGAUCCUCCCUCGCUGCCUUCGUCUGCUCCCAUGGAAGGCGAUCCCUUCCUGCCUGGGUCUCCUCCUUCUCCCAGGGUCCCUUUCCGGCCAAUAUCUCCUUCCAGGUCCAGAAUGUCUUCCCCACCUGUGUUCAGGGUGUCUGUUCCUCCUGGCCACGCUGCUUGGUCCGUUUGUGGUGGGAUCUUCUGUCACGCUCGUGGAUUGACGGCUCGGACCAAGGUGCAGCGUGGUAGGCAAACAUUUUAAUUCAAUAAAUGAACACAGACCAAACAACAAUAAUACACACGAACGUAAAGUACUGCAGGCUACAAAGCCACUACACAAAACCAAGAUCCCACAAACUAAGGUGGGAAAACGGCUGCCUAAGUAUGAUCCCCAAUCAGAGACAACGAUGUGUGAUUGGGAACCAUACCCGGCCAACAAAGAAAUUGAAAAACUAGAAUGCCCACCCAAAUCACACCCUGACCUAACCAAAAUAGAGAAAUAAAAGGGAUCUCUAAGGUCAGGGUGUGACACAUAAUCCAUGUCUCAAUUGUCUUAAGGCUUAAAAAUCCUUCUUCAACCUGUCUUCUCCCCUUAAUCUACACUGAUUGAAGUGGAUUUAACAAUCAAAUAGGGAUCAUAGCUUUCACUUGGAUUCACCUUGUCAGUCUAUGUCAUGGAAAGAACUGUAAUGUUUUGUAUAGUCAGUGUAUGUACAUAUAGGUAGGGAUGAAGUGACUAGGCAACAGGAUAAGGCCUUCCUCUGACAAUCCCUGGUAUAGAGGUCCUGGAUGGCAGGGAGCUCGGCCCCAGUGAUGUACUGGGCAGUACGCACUACCCUCUGUAGCGCCUUGUGGUCGGAUGCCAAGCAGUUACCAUGCCAAGUGGUGAUGCAGCCAGUCAAGUUGCUCAUAAUGGAGCAGCUGUAUAACCUUUUGAGGAUCAGAGAGCCCAAAACAAAUAUUUUCAGCCUCCUGAGGGGGAAGAGGCAUUGUUAUGCCUUCUUCACGACUGUGUUGAUGUGUGUGGACCAUGAUAAUUCCUUAGUGAUGUGGACACCAAGGAACUUGAAGCUCUCAACCUGCUCCACUACAGCCCUGUUGAUUUGGAAGGGGAUGUGCUUGGCCCUCUGUUUCCUGUAGUCCACGAACAGCUCCUUUGUCUUGCUGACGUUGAGGGAGAGGUUGUUGUCCUGGCAUCACACUGCCAGGUCACUGACCUCCUCCCUAUAGGCUGUCUCAUCAUCAUCGGUGAUCAGGCCAAUCACCAUCGUGUCAUCAGCAAACUUAAUGAUGUGUUGGAGUCGUGUGCGGCCACACAGUAGUGGGUGAACAGGGAGUAAUAAUAAUAAUAAUAUGCCAUUUAGCAGACGGUUUUAUCCAAAGCGACUUACAGUCAUGUGUGCAUACAUUUUUACGUAUGGGUGGUCCCGGGGAUCGAACCCACUAACCUGGCGUUACAAGCGCCAUGCUCUACCAAUUGAGCUACAGAGGACCACAAGAGGGGACUAAGCACGCACCCCUGAGGGGCCCCCGUGUUGAGGGUCAGCAUGGCGGAUGUGUUGUUGCCUAGUGAGGCUACCUGGGGGUUGCUUGUCAGGAAGUCCAGGAUCCAGUUGCAGAGGAAGGUGUUCAGUCCCAUUGUCCUGAGCUUAGUGAUGAGCUUGGAGGGCAUUAUCGUGUUGAAUGCUGAGCUAUAGUCAAUGAACAGCAUUCUCACGUAGGUGUUCCUUUUUGUCCAGGUGGGAAAGGGCAGUGUGGAGUACAAUAGAGAUUGCAUCAUCUGUGGAUCUGUUGGGGCGGUAUGCGAAUUGGAGUGGGUCCAGGGUGUCUGGGAUGAUGGUGUUGAUGUGAGCCAUGACCAGCCUUUCAAAGCAUUUCAUUGCUACAGAUGUGAGUGCUACGUGGCGACAGUCAUUUAGACAGGUUACCUUAGCGUUAUUGGGCACAGGGACUAUGGUGGUUUGCUUGAAACAUGUAGGUAUUACAGACUGGGUCAGGAAAAGGAUGAAAAUGUCAGUGAAGACACUUGCCAGCUGGUCAGCGCAUACUCUGAGUAUGCGUCCUGGUAAUCCAUCUGGCCCCGUGGACUUGAUAACCUGUUUGAAGGUCUUACUCAGAGCAGCUAUGGAGCGCGAGAUCACACAGUCGUCCGGAACAGCUGGUGCUCUCAUGCAUUGUUCAGCAUUGCUUGCCUCGAAGCGUGCAUAGAAGGAAUUUAUCUUGUCUGGUAGGUUCGCGUCACUGGACAGCUCGCGGCUGGUUUUCCCUUUGUAAUCCGUGAUCAUUUGCAAGCCCUGCCACAACCGACGAGCAUCAGAGCCGUUAUAGUAGGAUUCGAUCUUAGUCCUGUAUUGACGUUUUGAUUGUUUGAUGGCUUGUCGGAGGUCGUAGCGGGAUUUCUUAUAAGUGUCCGGAUUAGUGUCCCACUCCUUUAAAGUGGCAGCUCUAGCCUUUAGCUCGGUGCAGAUGUUGCCUGUAAUCCAUGGAUUCUGGUUGGGAUAUGUGGGGCCGAUACUGUGAGGACGAAGUCGUCAAUGCACUUAUUAAUGAAGCUGGUGACUGGUAAACUCCUCAAUUUUAUUGGUUGAUCCCGGUACAUAUUACAGUCUGUGCUAGUGAAAUAGUCCUGUAGCUUAGUAUCCGCUUCAUCGGACCACUUUCAUAUUGAGCGCAUCACUGGUACUUCCUGUUUGAGUUUUUGCUUGUAAGCAGGAAUCAGGAGGAUAGAGUUAUGGUCAAAUUUGCCAAAUGGACAGCGAGGGAGAGCUUUGUAUGCAUUUCUGUGUGUGGAAUAAAGGUUAUCUACAGUUAUUUCGCCUUUACUUGCACAGGUGACAUGCUGGUAAAAAUGAGGUAAAACAGUUUCGCUGCAUUAAAAUCACUGGCCACUAAGAGCGCUGCCUCUGGAUGUGCAUUUUCUUUUUUGCUUAUGGCCCUAUACAGCUCGUUGAGUGCAGUGUUACUGCCAGCAUUGGUUUGUGCUGGUAAAUAGACAGCUACGAAAAAAAUUAAUGAAAACUCUCUUGGUAAAUAGUAUGGUCUGCAGUUUAUCAUAAGGUAGAUCAGCUUUAAUAUUGCAGAUAGAUUGUAGGUUGUAUCAAUUAAAUUGAAUGCAUCAUUUUCUAAUCCCCCUCAUUUAAAAAAUGUUUUAUUCUCUAUACGUUUUACCCCCUUACCCUACCAUCCCUACCCACAUUGGAAUAAACUAAUGGACAACAAUACUUCUACUGCUACUUACAGCUAUUUCAUUCACAUCUAUGGUACCUGUAGUUAAAUAAUUCUACAUUGAUUCCUAAUUUCCUCUUUCUUCAAGUGCUGGAUUUUCACCCACAGCGGCCAAUCCACCAUUAAUUCUGAUCUUAACUCCAACCCCUCCGAUGUCCACAGGUUAACCCAUCUUUCCCAUUAUCAUGCCAUUUCUGUAUUUCCUUUUGCAAUACAUCCCUCAAUUUUACUAUGAUGCCUUACGAAGGUCCUACGAGGGUCCUGAACGUUUCUACUGAUAUUACUCUAAAAAUAAAUAGUUUACCCAAGUAUAAUGAUAUUUCCCGCACCAGCCUUAACCUUACCCGAAGCUGCUGUUCGGUCUUGACGUUGCAUAGAAAAACCUAGAGCUAGAAUGUAUAUUAUCCAUAUCCUUGUUCAGCCAAGACACAGAGAAACAUAGGAUAUUACAGUUAUUCAGGUCCCGUUGAUAGGAUAGUUUCGAACUGAGCUCGUCCAGUUUGUUCUCUAGUGAUUGUAAUUUUGCCAAUAGAACGGAGGGUAGAAGUGGUCUAUUUAGUCAUCGACGUAGUCUCAUCAGGGAGACCGCUCGUUUGCCUCUCUUGCUCUUCCUCUUUUGAGUCCCGGGGAUUAGGGCCUGGUCCGGGAUGAGCAGUACAUCCACAGCUGUCGACUUGUUAAAGUAGACAUUUUCAUUCAAAUCUAGGUUAGUGAUCACUGUUCUGAUGUCCAGAAGCUGUUUUUGGUCAUAGGAAAUUAUGGCGGAAAUAUUAUGUACAAAAAAAGUUGAGCUCAGCGUAAAAUAAACACACAAAAUGGCAGAAUUGGCCUUCUCUGCAGGCCAUUCCUUUGCACAGGAUGGAAGUACUUGUGUGUAGAGUGGCUGGCGUUACAUAAAUGGUGUCAAUAACAGCUGUUCUCUUAUCAGCUACACAGUGAUUACCGUACAGGUAAUGAGAGAGAGGCCGUCCUCAUUUGUCAUGCUUUGUGGUAGGGGGCGGCCAUGCAAGACCGAUAGAGCCAUCUCACUGUCUGAAGAUACAAUGCUAGAGGAGUUCCUGGGUCCACGCAGGAGGGGAGAGUGUGUGUGUGUGUGUGUGGGGUGUGGGGGGGGGGGGGGGGGGGGGGGGGUUACUGGUAUAGUUGUUCAUAUUUCUACAAUUAAGCAAAAAUACAAUGAGUGGCCAAUUGCAUAUAACAACAUUACAUUUACAUUUUAGUCAUUUAGCAGACACUCUUAUCCAGAGCGACUUACAGUUAGUGAGAGCAUACCUUUUUAAAAAACAUUUUCUUCAAAUUUUUUCAUUUCAUUUAUAUUUUUCUUUCCUUUUUCCUUUUUUAUACUUUUUUAUACUAUUUUUUAAUACUGGCCCCCCGUGGGAAUUGAACCCACAACCCUGGCGUUGCAAGCGCUAUGCUCUACCAACUGAGCUACACGGGGCCCAACAUAUCUGGGUUAUUGUUGCAACUCUGCCAGUGUUAGUGAGAAGUCAAUGUAAAACUGACUUCACAUGAUGCACAUAAAUUCACUCUGGCCAUCUACUCCGAUUUCAGAGCACUCUCGUCUCAGUGUGCAAGAGUGCAGAAUAACUGAUUAAUUUACAAACGCUCAACACCUGUUGAAUAUGGCCGGUGUUUGUAAGCGUUGGCAAAAAAAGCGUAAUUACAUUGUUUUUACAUUUGAAUUUACGAACACACCCAUAAUGUUUGAAUUUAGAACGUUUGGUUGAUUAGAGCGACUUGUGGAUUUGAAAUCCAUUCUAUUUCAUUACCAUGGUGAUUCUAUUGAUAAGAAUACAAUAACAUUUGAAUAGGAUGAUAUCACAAUCUAAAAGAGCAACUUUAGUAGAAUUUAGAGUGUUAUAAUGUUUGGAUGUUAGGCACCAAUGUUGAUUAGUAACUAAGUUUUGGUGGCAACAACCCCAAGACUAGACUAGACUAGACUUGCUUCUGCUAUCCAAGAUGAUACAUUUUUGUUAAAUGAGUCCAGACCAUAGAUGGCACAGGGACAUCAGUACUUUCCUGCAAGGCUAUCAAAUAUCAUCAUCAAUGGUAGGAAUCAGACAGAGGAUUCUUUGCUUACUUUUGUGUAUUUCUCAACAUUCCAUGUUUAGAAUGUUCUUAAAUGUGAUUGUUAUGCAACAGGACAGUUACCCCGUGCUGCCCUAAAACCAAGGCAUGUUGCCUGUUAAUUAUCUAUAGGCUAUGUUUCAACUUGUCAAUUUCAAAGUUGUAUUUUCUAACAACAGUUUGAAUUGAGGUAUGUUCCGCCUCCUCGUUAAUUCACAUAAGAAGUAACCCAUUUCACUGUUGCGGACAAUUUAUGUUUGAGGCUUUACUGAGCGGACAAACUUCUCUCUUCAACAAGAGCCCAAGCACUUCCACAGUGUUUCCACAGAUCAAGUAUGAAGACAUUGCACAUCUCUAGUCAGCACAGGCCUUGCACAAACGUUUUCCCCCAGCACAUUUUCUGGCUGGAGUCCGCAUUUUCCUUACAAAUUGGACUUUGGACAUGUGUGCGUUCCUAUCAAAGUAUGUGGCUUAUUUUCUGUAUAUCGUGUUGUCGUUUCUGCUGUAGCACACCAUAUGUACAGUGGGGAAAAAAAGUAUUUAGUCAGCCACCAAUUGUGCAAGUUCUCCCACUUAAAAAGAUGAGAGAGGCCUGUAAUUUUCAUCAUAGGUACACGUCAACUAUGACAGACAAAUUGAGGAAAAAAAAUCCAGAAAAUCACAUUGUAGGAUUUUUUAUGAAUUUAUUUGCAAAUUAUGGUGGAAAAUAAGUAUUUGGUCAAUAACAAAAGUUUCUCAAUAAUUUGUUAUAUACCCUUUGUUGGCAAUGACACAGGUCAAACGUUUUCUGUAAGUCUUCACAAGGUUUUCACACACUGUUGCUGGUAUUUUGGCCCAUUCCUCCAUGCAGAUCUCCUCUAGAGCAUUGACGUUUUGGGGCUGUCGCUGGGCAACACAGACUUUCAACUCCCUCCAAAGAUUUUCUAUGGGGUUGAGAUCUGGAGACUGGCUAGGCCACUCCAGGACCUUGAAAUGCUUCUUACGAAGCCACUCCUUCGUUGCCUGGGCGUUGUGUUUGGGAUCAUUGUCAUGCUGAAAGACCCAGCCACGUUUCAUCUUCAAUGCCCUUGCUGAUGGAAGGAGGUUUUCACUCAAAAUCUCAUGGCCCCAUUCAUUCUUUCCUUUACACGGAUCAGUCGUCCUGGUCCCUUUGCAGAAAAACAGCCCCAAAGCAUGAUGUUUCCACCCCCAUGCUUCACAGUAGGUAUGGUGUUCUUUGGAUGCAACUCAGCAUUCUUUGUCCUCCAAACACGACGAGUUGAGUUUUUACCAAAAAGUUCUAUUUUGCUUUCAUCUGACCAUAUGACAUUCUCCCAAUCCUCUUCUGGAUCAUCCAAAUGCACUCUAUCAAACUUCAGACGGGCCUGGACAUGUACUGGCUUAAGCAGGGGGACACGUCUGGCACUGCAGGAUUUGAGUCCCUGGCGGCGUAGUGUGUUACUGAUGGUAGGCUUUGUUACUUUGGUCCCAGCUCUCUGCAGGUCAUUCACUAGGUCCCCCCGUGUGGUUCUGGGAUUUUUGCUCACCGUUCUUGUGAUCAUUUUGACCCCACGGGGUGAGAUCUUGCGUGGAGCCCCAGAUCGAGGGAGAUUAUCAGUGGUCUUGUAUGUCUUCCAUUUCCUAAUAAUUGCUCCCACAGUUGAUUUCUUCAAACCAAGCUGCUUACCUAUUGCAGAUUCAGUCUUCCCAGCCUGGUGCAGGUCUACAAUUUUGUUUCUGGUGUCCGUUUUUUGUUUUUGUUUUGUUUUUUAGUCAUUUAGCAGACGCUCUUAUCCAGAGCGACUUACAGUUAGUGAAUGGAUACCUUUUUUUUUUUCUUUUUUUUUUUUUUCCUGUGGGUAGGAAACCUUUGACAGCUCUUUGGUCUUGGCCAUAGUGGAGUUUGGAGUGUGACUGUUUGAGGUUGUGGACAGGUGUCUUUUAUACUGAUAACAAGUUCAAACAGGUGCCAUUAAUACAGCUAACGAGUGGAGGACAGAGGAGCCUCUUAAAGAAGAAGUUACAGGUCUGUGAGAGCCAGAAAUCUUGCUUGUUUGUAGGUGACCAAAUACUUAUUUUCCACCAUAAUUUGCAAAUAAAUUCAUUACAAAUCCUACAAUGUGAUUCUCUGGAUUUUUUUUCUCUCAAUUUGUCUGUCAUAGUUGACGUGUACCUAUGAUGAAAAUUACAGGCCUCUCUCAUCUUUUUAAGUGGGAGAACUUGCACAAAUGGUGGCUGACUAAAUACUUUUUUUCCCCACUGUAUGUUGGCGCCAUGUUUGUUGACAUCAUACAAUGCAUUCUGGUUGUCACGUAAGCGUCUGUCAGACCAAACAUUUUAUAACAAGGUAGAGUUCCAUCGACUGACUUAUGGUGCUUUCAAGACAACUGUGAACUCGGUAAAAUCAUGACGUCAAUGAUCUUCAUGUUGGAAAGUCGGAGCUCUAGAAAGAGGCCUGUUCCCGAGAUGGAAUUCCAAGUUGGAUGACCGUUCUAAACUAUUUUUACCUGUUGGACCUCGUUUUUUCCCGAGUUCCCACUUGUCUUGAACGCACUGAAGUCGGAAGUCAGAGAUUUCCCAGUUCCCAGUUGUUUUGAACACGGCAUCAGAUGGUAACUUUGGUAUCUCAGGGUUGCUAGCUCAGACCCCCCUUUCCAGGGGUUUUAUUUCCAUUUAGCAUAUAAACUUCUCUUAUGUUUGCCCCCCAUUUAUUGAUAAAUCCCCCAUCAUAGUAAUAUUUCCUGCAUCAUAUCCCCCCAUGAUACCUUUCCCCAUUUCUACCACCAUGGACUUGAAAACCCCACACAAAUUAAAUGAACCCCCCCAUAAACCCCCCCAAAAUGGUUUCAUCCCUGUUUAGCUUUCGCGCUAUGGUUAGGCUAGGCAGUAGGCUUAUAUUUGGUGUGAUGAUCUGUGAGGUGAAAACAUUUGAUUUGCUUUGUGAUUUGUCAAAAACGGUAAACGACUUGUCAAGUGAUGUGCUCCGGUUCUUGUAUACACUGUAACAAGUACAUUGACGAUUUGUAAUAUGCUGAAAAGUGGAUAAACUAAGUUCAUAUUUUUCAGGCAAUGAGCGCAGCCAUCUUUGACUUUGUUUAUUUGCGUCUUAUAGUGAAUGGCAUUCUGGGAUUGUGAGUUUUCACCAAGUCAAACAUAAACAAACAUGGCUGCCAUCAUAAAGAAUUUAGCUGUUGUUAGCUUAGCUGACACACAUUUAUUUUCCAAACAACAUUACAUUAGCCUCUUAAGCUCACCAGAGAUGUGGUACAUUGUAAACUAUUCUAGCUGUUAGGUCACUAAUUUAUGUUUUGUUUUUUGUCAGCACAACCUGUAAUUUAGACUGGUUUAUGGAAUGAGUUUGGCUGUGGAUGUGUUCCAUGUGAUGAAGUUCGCAUUUAUCUUUUACAAUAAAAGGUCAAAUUGAGGAAUAAAGUUUAAGACCUGUAUUUUCAAUCAGUACAAAAAAAUAUUUAGAUGCUGUUCAGACAACAAUGCUGUUUAGACGCGCUUGUUGCGUCUUACGUUCUGUUGCUACUGUUCCAAUUACAUAUUUGAGAUCGUACGCUGCAGGGACCACUCAACAAUGAUCACAAAUACGUGAUCAUACGCGUCAAAGGGUUAAACGUUCAGAGAACGGAAGUGAACAUUUUGCCUGUUCUGGGAACAUUCAUAUUUAGGUUGCAGGGAGGUUCUGAGAACAUUUUAUUAUGGUUCCCUGAAGGUUUUCCUGGGAGAUUUUAUAACAUUCGGAGAACGUAAAUUAUAGGUUAUAAGUCACAAAGUGCCUCCGUGACUGAAUAAGAUGACUGGAUGUAUUUCACACAUAUUGAAACACAUAGACAAGCAGAGAUUAAACCAUGGGUGGAAUUAGGGACGGGAUGCCCAGACAUUCUGUAGUUUAGUUUUUGUUUGAGUUUUAUAAUUUCACUGUGAUACAAAAAGCAGCGCCGGCGUGCUUUAGGACCAUACGGACGCCUCUGGAGGCUGUUUAGCAGUUUUAGAGGGCUGUAUUUAGGACCACAUGGACACAUUGGAGUGUGCAGGGAGGCUGGGUGAAUGGCUGUACGAAUGCAAAGAAUACGGCAAAAGGACGGCCAGGUUGUGUCCCCCACACUUCUAAAACAAGUUCCGCACCUGGAUUACACAUCUGGUUUAGUAGUCCAGAGAUUGCUCUAUUUGUAAAAUAAAGACAGAGAUGCACCUCAAAUACUCUCACACAGACAUGCACACCCACAAGGAAAACAUCUGCUUCAUAAUUUGGGCCUGGAGUCGGAGUGUGUGAAACGUACAGAGAAACUAAAAGAAACAGAGUGAUACAGAUUUAAAUGGGGGGAUGGGUUUCAAUGAUGGGUUUCAAUGAUGGGUUUCGAUGAUGGGUUUCAAUGAUGGGUUUCAAUGAUGGGUUUCAAUGAUGGGUUUCAAUGAUGGGUUUCGAUGAUGGGUUUCGAUGAUGGUUUUCAUGACUCAUUAACUGUUAAUGUUCAAUUUUGAUCCUCUGUAUCUUCAUGCUAUCUAAAGAGGAGAUAGAUGAUAUCCCUAAGAUCAAGGCUUUCCCUGAGUACUAAUCUUGGGUGAUGUUUUGCUUAUUCCCCUCUGAAAUGAUUAGGGUUAGAAUGGAGGUUAGAAAAACUGGUCCUAGAUCUGGGCCUACUGUAGGCAACUUAUAUCUCAAACCCAUUUAAGAUAAGUUGAGACGGAAGUAUGAAGGUGUAUUACUUGGGUCAGGCAGACAUUUUCUCUUAUCAUCCUCUCUGUUGAAUAAGAGGCCUGUCAGAAGGAAACAUGUUCCCAUAAUAAGAUGUCAGUCAACCAUCCACCUCUUACACUAGGGGAACAAACAGACACUGCCCGGGGACCGUCUCUGACAAUGACAAGGCCCUUCUUCAUUCUGCACUACACCAAGUUGUAAUGGCAAGCUAAGCACUGGUGUAACAAAGGGGACUUGAGGUCAAGAAAUUUAGCCAAAGAAGAGUUUGGAGAGAUGCAGGUGUCAAUGUCUUGUGACGAGUGUGAAUUAGCGAUCCCCACAAUGUAUAGUAGCUUUGGUCGUUAUGAAAAAUAUUAUCUCAUAGGAACAGAAACAGAUUGCUUCUUACCCUCGGUAACAGAAGCAAAAGUUGAUAUAGUCUGUUCUGAUUGGCUCCAAUAACUCCAAAAACGGCACAACACUGUGCUUACUUCCUCAUACUCCGCUGCUGGAUAGUCCAAUGUGAUAUCAGCAGUUAACAAGAAAGGGAAAGCUGCAGUUUGACUGUGCGCCAGGAAAAAACUGUCUGCAUUGCUAAGAGGAGAUAAAACAGACAUCUAAACUAUUACUUAAAAAAUUAUCCUGAAGCAAAUAAUAGGUAUUCUAACACCCUUGUAACACCCAUGUUUAGAACAAGGGUGUCAAACGUGCCUGUGUCCAUUUGCAGUCCAACAUGUGACUCCAUAUGGCACCCAACACUAGCCUCUUUGAUUGUUCGAAAAUAUGUUUAUUGGUUGCUGUCGACUUUAUUGCCAAUGUGCAUCCCUCUUGACAUUUACAGAGAUAAACCCUCAGGCAAGAUGACUGCUUUCGACCAUGGCCAACAUCAUCUAAUCACAAAGAGACUAGUAUGGUACCGGCUUGCUGGAUAUCCUGGUGUAUCAGUCAGCGGGUCAAAAAUCACAUCACAACUUCAUUUAACUCUGAACACUAUUACAGACUCCAUUGGUUUUACUGUAAACUCAAAGUCAAUGUUCCAUUGGUGCCAAGCUGGAGAACUCACUUCCCCACAAGGCCAUUGAGGCUCUAUUGAAGCUCCAUUUCACUCCAGUUAUCAAGGACACAGAGAGAGGGAGAGGCAAUCAGAGGAAAUUGCCUUCUCUUUGUUGGAGAUUCGGGGAAGUGUUAAUGGAAUCAAGGUUAGAGGAAACGGGCGCUACGGGCGACGUUCUCCUUGAAAUUGGAGACGGACGACAAGCGACACCAUCACCGCCCACCAAUCAGAGAGGCCGUUCAAUCUCAUCGCGGUUGGGAAUGAGAUGGUCUGAUAGUGACGUGUGAGAGCGGACUCAGAUACUCAAAUACUGUGAUGAAUCAAUGGCAUACAGUUGACCUCUUUCAGAUGUGUACUCACACACACAAGGGUUCUUCAUAACCCAGCCGAGAGCGGCAAUUGUAAGUGUCUCCAUCAAUCCCUAGAUUAGACAAAGAGAGAUGUGACUGGAAGUCAUGAUGAGCGGAUGAUUCAGACAGACAGGACGUGGGAAACUGUGAUACAUGACAGCCAGUGCCAUGGAGAGAUAAUUGGUGGGCGUACAUAAUGGCAAACAACAUGCCUUAUCAUCGGCCACAGAACAUCCUGUUUUUUUAUGUCAACAGACUUUACUCCGAUGCCUUUCUGUGAGACACAAAGGCCUGGUUCGUAUUCAUUAUAGCACACCAUAGAAAAAUGUUUUGCAAAUUACAACAGAAGUAAGCCUUUGUUAUUGGACAAGUCCAGGUAGCCCCUCCCUGUUUCAGUCCGUUUGGUGCCUAAUGAAUACGACCCUGGAGACUGGUAGAGGGAGGGGCUGUUUAAUUGGCACUCAGCAGGGUAGGGAACAAGGAAGCAGUGAUGUCACCCAGGCAUGUCUGUCACAGUGAGACCAAGGGGACAGCUCUAAGCCCUCCCUGACUGUCACCUCAGUGGUGGUGAUGGUGCCAUCCAUCCCCCCGCCAACUCUGCCCAAUACAACGGUCCUCAUCCACAGCGUGCAUCUGUGACCUCCAACAAUAACAAAGAGUGACACUGUUCUCUCCAAUGAAAAGACUCCGUCCAUGUCUGUCUGUGAAUGCGUAAACCCCUCCCUUCUCCAUCCCAGAAUCCUUUGCUCUAAUAACUAGGUUGUCAUUCACCCUAUUGGGUGUCAACUCUGCUUUGAGACUUUGAGGCCUCCCCUAUUGCUGUUUUGGGUUUUUUGAGGGGUACGCUAUCGUUCCACCAAGCUGCCCAAAAACAAUGGCUCUCUUUGUUUUUCUUUGGGGGUCUUCAUCUAUGGGGCGCUGGGCAGGGAGGGGGGUUAGGAUUCUGUCUCUGACUUGAACAAAACAAAAGGCAGACUUUUUCAUUCAUACCCCAUACCACCCAGUAAUGUCUUUAUAGUGAAGCACAAAGAAUGUGAUAGUGCUUUACAGAAGACAGACUGAGGCUCAUGGUGUUAUUACCUUCUCUUCUCUCUCAGAGCACAGAUCACUAGAGUCUCAUGUUUACUUUUUUCUCCCAAAUAUUAUUUCAACCGCCCCCAGCUCCUUCAUCCUCAUCCCCUCCUCUCCCUCUCUCACUCUCUAUUUAUCUCUCAAGGUGGGAGACACUGUCUUAUACCUUUGCAACGAUUCCCAUACUACAGCAUCUCUCUCUGCUAUGUGGAUGUCUCUUUCUGAGAUAGAUAUAGAAUGUCAACUUUAUUAUGUAUUUACACAUAUAGUUAAUGCAUAAUUUGUGCUACGGGUGGAAAGGGGGAUGACAGAGAGCCCAUACACACACACAAACCCAUACAUCAUACUAAUGAGAUACAUUUGUAUACAGGUACUAUACAGUCCUAACCUACACUGUGUGCACUGAACACACUGACAUACCUUAACCAAAGGAUAUACACACACACACACACACUUAUGCGCUUACACAAAAACACUCUUAACUAAUGACUCAAGUGAUUCCAUUUGACAGACGCACGCAAUUAAAUUCGCAAUGAGAUAUGAUCCUCUAAGCAGAACAAGGAUCCAGAAGAAAAACACCCUUCAAAAGACAAGACAGACAGCCUGCAUUAUGAAAGAUUAAACAAUAAAUCAUCACUAAUCAUCAGACAUCCUAAUUACACUUGAACUGCGUCCCAAAUGGCACCCUAUUCCCUACCUGGUGCACUAGUCUUAACUAGAACCCUAUGGGCCCUGGUCAACAGUAGCACACUAUGUAGGGAAUAAGGGGCCAUUUGGCACACAGACUUGGAAAUGUAGCAUUACUGAGUACCUAGCCUGGCUAGACUAAGACCCAUCCAGCCACAGAGACAAAGUGAAUCAACAUUCGUUCCCUGCUCCUCUACACACGCCUUCUUUGCCUCGCCGGCGUCCUCGUCUAGCUGAGCGUGCCAUCCCUGUGCGCAUCAACAAGCAAAUAGGCCACCAGCCUACUGCAGUAAUUGGGGAAAGAGAUUGGUCAGAUUGUGGGGAGGACACCCAGCUCGGGUGGCGCCACAAUGUAAUCAGAUGGGGUCUCCAUAUAGUCUGAUGUGUCCAUUGUAGAUGCAUAGACAGUCGUUAGACUCGUCACUCAUGUCUACUUUCCACUAGCAUGCCUGGUGUUUCCCUUCACUAUAGCUUAAGGGGGUGAGCUUACAUACCUGAGCCACAUUAAAGACUGUAUCCCCCUACGGUAUCAGUCAAGCUUUCUGGGUAUCUGGUGGAAAUAGCAUAACCGACAUCUGACAGCCAGACCACUUAAUGUGAGUGUUAUGACGUGAUAAGAUUGCUGAACAAUCCCAUCACUAGUCAGAGUACAUGGGUAGAAUGUAGUGGCAAAAAGACUGUAGGUCUAUAUUUACAUUUUACAUUUUAGUCAUUUAGCAGACGCUCUUAUCCAGAGCGACUUACAGUUAGUGAGUGCAUACAUUUUUCAUACUGCAUAUAUACUGCAUAUAUGCAUAGUCCAGGGCGUUGCACGCAUUAGUUCCAUUUAAAAUAUAUCGUCACAGUUACGGUUUGUGAUCUGAAGGUCAUCCAAAACAGCACUGAUGUUCGUAAUUUGCAUUGUAGAUGCGCUCGGGCAAACUUGGAUCUUUACGAGUUACAACGAGCUAUGUGAUGGGGGAAAUUAGAUACACCUACUAUUUCUUACAACUUACUAUCUAAGAACCAAUUCACAGCUGUAGUAAUUCAUGAGCUGCACAUAAAUCUCCUGCUGAACUCAGUGUCCUCUGAGGAUUCCAAUAUCCACACGGCAACAGGAGUCGGUCUAUAUGCCGGUGUAGUAAUCCAUCGUGGUGCGCUACCUCAUUAAAAUAAAUCCCGGGAAUGAGAAACACAGCAUGCUCAUCCCCCCGAACAGCCAAAUGUUCUCCCAGCAAUGUCAGCCCACGGUAGGACACAAACCAAAGCGACCAGUGCUCACCAUCACUCUCACUCCUGCAUGCCUUGAUUAAUCCAUUAGGAAUUUGUCAUCGUUGCUCUCUGUGGCAUUUCCAGCUCGGGACCAGUCAGACACAGUGUGCCACUCUAUUGAAAAGGAUGCCUUUCCAAGACCAGACAAUGCAGAUUUCUUUAGUCGAGCAGUAGCAAAAAAUAAAUACAAUUAAUGGUGUACAAGACACCUGUCUGAUUCGCGCCUGUCUGAGUGGACUAAUCCAUUGUGGAGGCCGUGGGAAUGGCACAGUCCAUCACUCUAAGACAUGUACUUCUGAAAUUGUAUAUGGUUAAGGACAAUGGCACAACACUAACACAAACAAUAUGAUUUUAUAACAAAUGCGCUUUCUUCCCGCGUUUGAUAGUGGUCGCAUCAAUGUACUUUUGAAUUGGCCGCCUUUUCCUAGACCAUGUUGCUAUGUGCAUAAUAGCAAAGUUAACCAGCAUAUUGGUGUUAAGAACAAUGCGGCGGAGGCAACAGAGGAGUUAGGAGAUGAGAAAACAGCCCUUGCCUUAAUUGCCUAAGAAAAGUGAGAGAGGAAACCCCAACUUAAUUAGGUCUAUAAUCAACAGCCUAACUGUUAAAUGUGCCUGGCUUUAUAAAUCAUCCAUAUAUACAGUUGAAGUCGGAAGUUUACAUACACUUAGGUUGGAGUCAUUAAAACUUGAUUUUUCAGCCACUCCACAAAUUUCUUGUUAACAAACUAUAGCUUUGGCAAGUCGGUUAGGACAUCUACUUUGUGCAUGACACAAGUAAUUUUUCCAACAAUUGUUUACAGACAGAUUAUUUCACUUAUAAUUCACUGUAUCACAAUUCCAGUGGGUCAGAAGUUUACAAACACUAAGUUGAUUGUGCCUUUAAACAGCUUGGAAAAUUCCAGAAAAUUAUGUCAUGGCUUUAGAAGCUUCUGAUAGGCUAAUUGACAUCAUUCGAGUCAAUUGGAAAUGUGUACCUGUGAAUGUAUUUCAAGGCCUACCUUCAAACUCAGUGCCUCUUUGCUUCACAUCAUGGGAAAAUCAAAAGAAAUCAGCCAAGACCUCAGAAAAAGAAUUGUAGACCUCCACAAGUCUGGUUCAUCCUUGGGAGCAAUUUCCAAACACCUGAAGGUACCACGUUCAUCUGUACAAACAAUAGUACACAAGUAUAAACACCAUGGGACCACGCAGCCGUCAUACCGCUCAUGAAGGAGACGCGUUCUGUCUCCUAGAGAUGAAUGUACUUUGGUGCGAAAAGUGCAAAUCAAUCCCAGAACAACAGCAAAGGACCUUGUGAAGAUGCUGGAGGAAACAGGUACAAAAGUAUCUAUAUCCACAGUAAAACGAGUCCUAUAUCGACAUAACCUGAAAGGCCGCCCAGCAAGGAAGAAGCCACUGCUCCAAAACCGCCAUAAAAAAGCUAGACUACGGUUUGCAACUGCACAUGGGGACAAAGAUCAUACUUCUUGGAGAAACGUCCUCUGGUCUGAUGAAACAAAAAUAGAACUGUUUGGCCAUAAUGACCAUCGUUAUGUUUGGAGAAAAAAGGGGGUGGCUUGCAAGCCGAAGAACACCAUCCCAACCGUGAAGCACGGGGGUGGCAGCAUCAUGCUUUGGGGGUGCUUUGCUGCAGGAGGGACUAGUGCACUUCACAAAAUAGAUGGCAUCAUGAGGAAGGAAAAUUAUGUGGAUAUAUUGAAGCAACAUCUCAAGACAUCGGUCAUGAAGUUAAAGCUUGGUCUUCCAAAUGGACAAUGACCCCAAGCAUACUUCCAAAGUUGUGGCAAAAUGGCUUAAGGACAACAAAGUCAAGGUAUUGGAGUGGCCAUCACAAAGCCCUGACCUCAAUCCUAUAGAAAAUGUGUGGGCAGAACUGAAAAAGUGUGUGCAAGCAAGGAGGCCUACAAACCUGACUCAGUUACACCAGCUCUGUCAGGAGGAAUGGGCCAAAAUUCACUUAUUGUGGGAAGCUUGUGGAAUGCUACCCGAAAACGUUGAGUGUAUGUAAACUUCUAACCCACUGGGAAUGUGAUGAAAGGCUUACACUUAGAGUCCUGUUCUCUAAAGCUAGGCUAGCCCUGUUAGCGUCCCACCUUCAACCUAGGUUAAAUCUGUAUCAGAGCCUCAUUCUCAACCUAGGCAAGCUAUAGGCUUCCCUACUGUAGAUAUCUCCUUCCCUCAAUCUAUAGGCUAGUCUUGUUGUCCUGCUCUCUAAAGCUAGGCAAUCCCUGUUAGCAUCCCCCCCUUAGUUCCAGUGGGAAGCUGAGCUCAACGCAGGGAUCAGAGGGAUUAGCUCAGCCCCGAGACAGCUGUCCCACACACGUCCCACUUCCCUGGGUGAAUCCUCGCCACCCGCCUGCAGGCCAUAUCUGCUCCCAUGCCUGCCUCCGAGGAAUCACGACAUGAGUAAUAUUAUCUUUCUAUGGGUUUUACUUCCACAACAGCAUUGGUUGGCCCAGUCAGCUAGAAUGACACUCAGAGGGUCUAAUGUUUACAGCGAUGUAGGAGGAAAAUAAGGUGCAAAAUGCUACCAAUAGGUAGCCCAAGAUCUCAAGAUGUUCCUCUGUUGUAGGCUAUUCCUGUUUUGUUGUUUCGACACAUCCACGACCUUGCACACAUAAGUCGACCUACAUGUUACAACAGCACCAAACACUAACAUUCCCCAACACACGCAACACACAAACAUUCCCUCCAGCCUGCAGGCAAAGAAAAUGCAAUUUGGCUGCCCCAGUGCAGGGCCGAGGCAGGGGAGGCUGGGGACUGGGCUGGGGGCAUGUCUGCCUGUGGUUGGACACCACAGGGGCUGUUCGUCAUGAUCAAAAGGUACUGA